AUGGCCGCUAGACGUGUUGAGAUGUUCCUUCUGUCGAGAAGUGUGCAUGAUCUGUACACACUAACCAAGGAGGAAUUAUGUUCAGUGGCUGAGAGGUUUCAAGUGGAGUUGAAAUCCAAGAAAAAGGAGGAAAUGCAGGCGGAGUUGAAAAAUGCUCUUGUGGAGAGGAGCUGGUUUGAAAAUGAUGGUGGUGAAAGUGAGGAUAAUGAUGGGGAGAGUGUAGAGGAAGGUGCUGGGGUCAGUGAGAUAAACCUGGAUUCUCUUGGUGGAACAGAUGGCCUUUCUAGUAGUGAAAAAUUUGAGUUAAUGAAACUUCAGAUGCAACUGCAGAUGCAGAGGGAACAGAAACAGCAAGAGAUGGAGUUAAAGAGGGAAUUGCAAAUUGAGCAAAUGCAGAAAGGGGUGGAGUUGCAACAGAUACAGAUGCAAAAAGAGAUUGAGAUAGAAAAAAUUAGAGCAGAAAGUAAAAAUAAAGUAAAUGAGACCAGGGCAGGAAAUGGUGCUCAAGGCAACGGGGAUUUAGAGAAAAGGGCCAUCAGUAUGCCUAACUUUGUGGAAGGGGAGGAAGAAAACUUUUUUUUUCAAUUUGAAAAAGCUGCAAAGAUGAUGGGAUGGGAUGAAAAUGAUUGGGCAAUAAUAGUCCAGUCUAAAUUUGAGGGAAGGGCCCGAGCGGUAUAUGUGAAUUUGAGUGAGCAAGAGGCGCGUGAUUAUGAAGUGGUAAAGGAAGCGGUGUUGGGAUCAACCCUUCUAUGUCCGGAUGUGUACCGGGAAAGGUUCCGCAGGACGACAAAACGCCCAGGUGAUACUUAUCUCGGGAUGGCUCGAGAGGUUAUCCUUAAACUGGACCGGUGGCUGAAGGCCGAAGAAGCCACUACGCUUGAAGAGGUAAAAGGAGUUAUACAGAUGGAACAAUUUAUGAGCCAAAUGCCCCUCAGUGUAAGAUGUGAGCUCGCAUCACACGACGUGAAAGACGUGAUGGAAGCCGGACGCAGAGCUGACAAGUACAUAAGAACAUAA